ACUGAACAAAACCGCAGCGCAUUCAUUGCGAUAUCACCGUCACCACCACGUCACCGCAAAAGCAUGGCGCUUUCCGUCCGCCGGCAACCACGGUACAAGUUCGCCGCGCCGGUGUUGUCGCCGAGCUGCCUCCAGAAGCUGUGCGUUCCCUGGGAGUUCGCGGCGCGGCUGGCGGCCGGCGCCGGGGACGUGCAGGAGGUGCACGUGGUGGACCUGCUCGGCAAGCCCCGGCGCGUGGAGCUGUGCACGCGUUCGCGGCCGGACGGCGGGGUGGCCUGCUGGCUGGGCGCCGGCUGGCAAGAGAUCGUCAAGAAGAACGGCAUCGGCGAAGGGUGGUCCGUGGUGCUGCGGCGCGAGCGGCGCGGGAUGGCCACCCUGACCGCCUACGACCCGGCCUGCUGCCUCGCGUGCCUCUGCACUCCUCCCGCAGGUGUGAUGUCCAAGACCAGGCCUCGCUUCAUCAAAUUGCUUCGACCGGAUGACUGGGAGAAGAUGACAAUCCCUGAUGAGUUUGUGCAGCAGCACUUGAUUGGGGCUGAGAGUUGCCCAAGCAGCCAAAAAGCCUUGAUCAUCGGCCCUACCGGGAAGUUAUGGCCAGUCGAGCUAGAUCAACGUCAAUCGGAUGUGCUGUAUGGAGAAGUUUGGGCAGAGUUUCUGACAGCGCAUGAUCUCUCCGAAGGGAGCAUCCUGUUGUUCCGGUAUGAAGUUAACAUGUCGUUUUCGGUUCAGGUGUUCUUGCCGAAUGGGUGUAUGAAGGAGUACCCUUACCUAGCUGAUGAGGCAGAUGGAUCAAGCCCUCUGCUCCCACAAAGUGACAAGCAGCUUGUAGCUCCAUCUGUCAGCAAGAGAAGCUACAACAAGAGACAAGUGGUUUCUGGAAUUCCUGCAACGUUUCCUGCAAUGAAAGCUCAGAAGGUCCAGUCACAGAGUAAACCUGCCGGUGUUGUGGGAAGACACUCAUUCACGAAGCAGAUCACCAGCUAUUCGCUUAAAAGCUUAUUUGCUGUGAAAUUGACCUUUUGCUCAUCAAUUGGUCUUCUAGAAGCAUGUACAAUCCAACUUAAAACAUCCAUGGGGGGGAGUGCAAGAUCUUGGCCAGUAGCUUUCAACAUCGCCAACACCUACGGCUUCCUUACUGGGAAAGGCUGGAAAAGGUUUUGCCAAGACAACGAGGUAGAAGAAGGUGAUCGUUGCACCUUCAAGGUCGUUGAGAAAAUGGUGUGGCAUGUCGUGAUCAACUGAUCGUCUGAUCAUGCCUAACUAGUGCGAGCAAAACGUAGUCCCAAUAUUUUGCCUGCCAAUGCCAAUGUCACUUGCCGACGACAGUUCUUGGUUAGUGAUUUGCCAUGUGAAAGUUUGGUAUUUUGGUAGUAGUUCAGAGACAAGUUAAUCUAUGUUUACGACUUUAGGUCACUGUGACAUCUGUGUUUGUUGAAUGCUAGUAGAUUAGUCUAUGUAUUACGUAGCCCAGUGGACAAGUUAGUCUAUGUUUUGUUCACUGCAACAUCACUGUUUGUUGGAAUGCUGGUAGAUUAUCGACCGCAUCGUCAGUACAUGUAUAUGCAACAUCACUAUUUCCUGUGCAGAUCCAACCGUCUGUAUCUGCAAAUACUAGACUGCCAAACGUA